AUGUUNAUUGCCUGUCAGAACAAUCAGACCACGGCCAGCAUUUCAGUUCAAACUGAAACCAUUCCGGAAUUUGAGCCAAAUGCACAUUUGAGUCACGACUCGGGUGUGAUCACCAUUGAAUUAGAAGAGGAUGUUCGGGUCAUUCAAUAUCUGUCCAAUUUCACCACUUAUUUGGUUGGGAACCUGAACAUGCCUUUACCCAAGAUUUUCGAUCCCAGCCAGCCAUACGCACAUCAAAACGUUGCUCGUAGCCAAUUCUUUUUUCCGGAGGAUUCAAAUAUCCAGAUAUUUCGAAUUGAGAGACAAAUAUCUGCCUUUGGGAGUGUUGCCACAGAAAUAUUUUAUCUCUCUCCUGAGACCUCCGAUAAGCAAGUUUUGGCAAUUGUUGGAUGGACAGCAUUUACCCUAAUGUGCAUAGGUUUAUUCGGCUUUUUCUUGUAUAAAUAUGCUAAGAGCCCUUUGGCCCUCUGGGUGUGGAAUCAAAGAAGUGCCAAUGUCGUAAUACCUGGAUCUCGAGUUCAAGAUAUGGAAGUGACUCGUUCGAUUGAUAUCAAAGAAUUGGCUCAGAAGUCUUUCAAGUCCCGGCACCUCGAAUCCGAAUUUGGUCACAUCAAUAGAAAGGACGAAAUCCAGAAUGGCUCAUUGACUUGCUCUGUAGCCUUAUAUUGGGGACAACGAUCACCGUCAAUGAACCGCUAUCGAAAUGUUUUGCCCUUUGAUUCGUCUCGUGUGGUCUUGAAGACUCGGGUUCAGUCUUGCGAUUACAUCAAUGCCAGUUGGAUCCAAGACUUGACCAAGGCUCGGCGGUAUAUUGCGGCUCAAGCGCCCUUGAAUCACACAAUUGUCCAUUUUUGGCAAAUGGUUUUGGAUUUCCAAAUCAAGCUAAUCAUGAUGCUAACAAAAACUAAGGAGAAUGACGUGAUUGAGGGACAGAGUGUGCAUAAAUGUGCUCGAUAUUGGCCGGCGAAAGAGGGUUCCAGUAUCACCUUUGGACCAAUCAGGAUUACUUUGGAAAAGCUGGAAACGAUCAGAUAUCCCAUUGGUUUGAUUAAGAGAACCCUAGACGUUUCGUCACGUGGAAACUCGAUCCAAGUGACCCAAUAUCAAUUCACGUCUUGGCCUGAUCAUGGUGUUCCCAAAGACACCAGCAUUCUGUUGGAACUCCAAAAGAUUUUGGGGCGCUCUAUGAGAAGUGAGCCUGACUUGCCCGUUCUUAUUCAUUGUUCUGCCGGGGUUGGAAGAACGGGCACGCUGAUUGCGGUGAAUGAAAUGGUUUUCGAAAUGGAAAAAGGAGCCAAACAAGUGGAUAUCGCCAAAUUCGUUUUCCAAAUGCGUCAGAAUCGGACAAAUAUG